AUGUCGAUCGCUACGUACGAAGAGGUGUUGGAUUUGCCCAACCAUCCGGAGAAGCUGCUAAUCGAUGUGCGCAAUCCGGACGAGUUAGCCGAGACGGGCAAAAUUCCCACCAGUAUUAACAUUCCCCUGUCUCAGCUUGAGGACGGUCUAAAUCUCACGGAUGAAGCGUUCAAGAACAAGUUUGGACGUGAUAAGCCCAACUCAGGCACGGAAGUGAUAUUUCACUGCAAGAUGGGUGGACGAGCGCAAAAGGCAACGGAUCUUGCUUCUAGUCUCGGAUUUACCAACGCUCGUAACUAUAAGGGAUCCUGGACGGAAUGGGCUGCAAAGCAGGGAAAGUGA